AUGCUUUAUAAGAUUCGAAUAUUAGCUGUGGCAUUGUUAAUAUGUGGCGCAAAAUGUUCUCAAGUUAUAGACAUACACACUCAAAAAGGACUCAACAUAUCCGACUAUUGUCCUAGAAUAGGAGAAUGUGCUGAAGGAUCGCACGUUAUGUGUGUUUAUAAUUCAGGCAGAAUAAUGGGACCCGCCUGUUACGAUUUUUUAACGAACAUUACAAUUACUGCCGACUAUGCUCAAAUGAUACUGAGCAUCAUUAAUAGAAUUAGGAGUAGGAUUGCAAAUGGACUAGUGAAAGCUAAGGAUGGGCUGCUUCUUCCCAAAGGUUACGGUAUACAUAGAGUGUCUUGGGACGAAGAGUUGGCGACGUUCGCGCAAGUGUGGGCCAACCAAUGCAUUUUACGUUUGGAUCUGUGUAGAUCGAGUAAAAGGUUUCCCAGUGCCGGUCAAGCGCUAGGCAUUACUCGUUUCUCAUUGGACGAUUGGAUGCCAGUACACAGAGCUGACUUCAACGACACAGUACUGACACCGCAGAAGGUGAAGUACGCUCUUCGAUCUGUGAUGAAGGCGUGGUGGAGUAUGAAGGAAGAGAUCACUGCUGAUGAUGUCAAGGAAUUCAAUAGAUCGGUUCCUGAAUUAAAUAGGAAUAAGUUUUCGAACUUGGCGUUUGGACCACUCACACACGUCGGCUGCGGUAUAUCCGUUUACAAAGAAUACGCUUACAAGGAUAAUUUGGCGCAUUUGAUUUUUAAUUGCAUUCAGAUCGUCUGUAAUUUUUCUUCGCGCCCCAAAAAACCGAUAUUUACGGUGGAACCACCAACGCAACCUGGUUACACGGUGCGGUGCGGUUGUCCCUUAGGUUACGAUGAGGAUGAGGAUUGUCUCUGUUAUGAGAGCGGCAGAAAGAUGCCAUGUAAGGACAAGGAUCAAUGCAAACCAUCAGUUGUAGUGCUGCCAAUUUUCACUGUGGAAGAUGCUUCAAUUUCCCCAUCUAGGCAAAAACAGAGUAUAUUUUCCAAGGCAGGAAUUUUUGAGUUACCAAUUAAACGAAAACAAUUGAAAAUGAAUCUUAUACCUCAAACAAAGGAAAUCCAAAAUGAUGUAAAACCUAGAAAAGAUUUCACAAAAGUUCAAGAGAUAGUAUCAAAGUAUUUAGACGAAAAGAGAAACGGAAAGACUAUUAUUGUAGAUAUAAAUAGUGGUGGGGAUAUUGCUCAUGGACCAGUUACAUUGAAAAGUAGUACUAUCCAGAAGUUAAAAGAAAAUACUAUACAUGAAAAUCAUAAUUUCAAUUCAACUACCGUUGAUCUCAACUAUUCUACCACACAACCAGUCACAGAAAGUGAUAUAAAACUCAUGUCUCUGUUAGAUAAACUGGAAGAAGAAGUAAAAAGAAUUGAUUUAAAUACACACGAAAAAGGACUUUUUGACGAGAAAAUCCGUAAAAUAUACGGAACUCUUGUUGGUAAAUUAAAUAUAGUUGAACAAAAACUUAAAUUACGGAACAGAGAUUCAACUAAUCAAUCUAUUAAUAGGGACAGUGAAUUUAUUAAUGCGGACAAUUAUGAUUUUAAUUUCAAUAAGCCUAAACACAAUUACCGUGACUUUGAAAAUAGUUACAAUUCUCUCAACAACUACGAAAAUAAAGUAGAUAGAGUGUACAAUAAAAAUAAUUAUUAUAAUGAUAAAAAGAGUUUUUUGCGUGGAAUUGAUGAAAAUUUAGAAGAAAGGAAAUUACGAAAUACGUACGACGUUAGAGAAAACGUUGGGAGGAAUAUAAUGAGUCGUCAUUCAAGACUAGAAGGUGACGACUAUUAUCCGCUUAGCAGUGAGAGAAGGAGGUAUUAUCAUCAAAAGUUAGCAAAUUUACAGAAGAAGAUCAAUAAUAUCAAAAGAAGUGGGCAUCGGAAAGACCAAGAAAAACUUGGUCGUAGAAUUCGCAAUAGUAUCGCAAAGGCUGGCCCAGCGGUGGGCGUCGUGGGACAAGCUACUGCCAUCGCUAAAGGAUAA